AUGGAGGAUUUCCCAGUAUCCGUGGAUUUUUUGAAGCAAGUACCUCUGCCCAGCAAUCUCUUCUUCCUCACCUACCUUCUCCUUUUCCUUCAGCAUGAGGAGGCAAAUUCAGAGGAGGUCAAGGUGAUAGGCCCUGGGGAAUCCAUACUGGCCAUUGUCGGGGAAGAGGUGGAUUUCCCGUGCCAAUUGUCACCACUCCUGGACGCUGAAGACAUGGAGAUCCACUGGUUCCAGAGCCAGCCCUCGGAUGUAGUGCACCUGUACAAGGGGCGGCAGGAGCUCUUCGACAGACAGAUGGCGCAGUUCCAAAACAGGACCAAACUCGUCACGACGGAGAUCAGCUCUGGCAAAGUCGUCUUGCUGCUCCGCAGCGUCGUUCCAUCAGACGAGGGCCUGUAUGGAUGCAGCUUUCUCUCCAACAACUUCUCUGGUGAAGCCAUCUGGGAGCUGGAGGUAGCAGGGCUGGGCUCAGAUCCACAUAUCUACAUUGAAGGCUUUAAGGAAGGAGGCAUUCAGAUGAGAUGCACCUCCAAUGGCUGGUACCCCAAACCCAAAGUUCAGUGGAGAGAUCACCAGGGACAGUGCCUGCCACUGGAGUCUGAAGUCAUUACCCAAGAUGUCAAGGGCCUGUUCAAUCUGGAAACAUCUGUAGUUGUCCAAGGUGAAGCCCAUCGCAACAUGUCCUGCUCCAUCCAGAGCCCUCUGCUGAUCCAGAAGAAAGAGUUUGUGGUCCAGAUAGCAGAUGUAUUUCUUCCCGGAACUUCCCCUUGGAAGAGUGCUUUCUUAGGGACCCUGGUGGCACUGCCGCUACUCCUGGCCCUCCUCGCGAUGCUGGCAUUGUACUACUUGCACAAGCAACAGCAGUCUCAAGAAAAGCUAAAGAAACAGACAAAGAAGGAACAAGGAAAACUGACUGCACAGCUGAAGAAGCUUCAAACAGAGCUUGACUGGAGAAGGACUGAAGGUCAGGCUGAGUGGAGAGCAGCACAACAAUAUGCAGUGGACGUGACCUUGGAUGCAACCACAGCGCACCCCAGCCUGGAGGUUUCUAAGGAUGCCAAAAGCGUUUCUUCUCGCCCAGCGGUACCGAUUCUUGCAGAUGGUUGUCCGCAAAGGUUCACUGAGCAAACAUGCGUCCUGAGCCGGGAGCGCUUCUCCACAGGCUGCCACUACUGGGAAGUGCACGUGGGCCGAAGGAGCCGCUGGUUCCUGGGCGCCUGUCUGGCAACUGUGCAACGCUCAGGACCCGCGCGCCUGAGCCCGGCUGGUGGCUACUGGGUGAUGGGGCUGUGGAACAGCUGCGAGUACUUCGUCCUGGACCCACACCGUGUAGCGCUCACUCUGCGCGUGCCUCCGCGGCGCGUGGGCAUCUUCCUGGACUGUGAGGCGGGAAAGCUGUCCUUCUUUAACGUGUCGGAUGGCUCCCAUAUCUUCACCUUCACAGACACCUUCUCAGGGGCUCUCUGCGCAUAUUUCAGGCCCAGGGCCCACGAUGGUGGAGAACACCCUGAUCCACUAACCAUCUGCUCUUGGCCGGCUAGAGGGACGUGCAUCCCAGAAGAGAACGACUUGGACUGCCUGUUACAGCCUUAUGAUCCCUUGGAUACCGACUUAGCUCCAUCCUGGUUCCAGACAGUGUUGUGUCUGGUGAUCUCCAGUGCUAACACUGUGGCCCCAGAGUUUGAUUCCACCAGGGCCAGGGCUCAGGAGGUCCCCCACACUGGUGAGAUUUUGGAGGCUCCUCCUCCAGCCAGUGGACCCCUGUGUACUGGCUGCCACAAUCUGCAUCAGGUUGAGGAAUGA